AUGCUACGAGAUGCCUUACAGAUAGCUUCCCAGCUGCUCAAAGCUGCUGCGUUGAUUCAUCAGAUUCAAUAUCACAAAGCAAAACGAUCAGUAUACGGUCUUUCCUUUGACCUUGUACUUCUCACGCUUUUGCAGAACCUUCAUCUAGCUGUCUCUUUUAUAUUCUACAGUUUCAGCUUAUCAAUAAAGCAGUACCAGGCACGAUAUCCUUUAUCAUUUGGUGAUGGUGAUAAUUUCCUGGGUAUUCCCAUGUCUUCAUUGGUAUUCCUAAUCAAUUGUAUCAGUCUUUUGGCAGCAUUGGUCCUAUUGGUACAGAUUUUCAUCAGUUAUAAAAUCACCAGAAACCUCAGUCAAAAGUUCUCUUACACCUGCUUGAUGAUUAUUACAGGACUAGAGUUAAAAAACUUGUACGUAUUAUUCAUGGCAACUAGUAAACAAGGAUCCACAAACGGUAUGGGAAACCAUAGUCUUCUAUGGCUUGAUUUCAUUUACUUUUUCAAUUUAGACAGUUGGAUAUAUGGUAUGUUGCGGUUUAUGCCUCAGGCAUCAUUAAACUUUGCUGGUAUUUCCAGAUUUGGGUAUGCUGGUCUUUCUAUCAAACUUGAACUAUUAUCGAAUAUAUUAAUCAUAAUCCAGGGCCUUUGCAAUGGGCAAGAUUUCGAGCAUUAUCCAAACCUGGAAAUUAUGCUAAAUUAUGAUGUAUCGGUACUUUCUGGAGUGAUUCUGCUAGCAGCGUGUUUAGUAUUAUUGUAUCAAAAGAAAAUUUACAAGAAUGAAAAACCAAUUUUUGUGUCAAAAUAUCAAAUGAUUGAUGACAAUAACGAUAACAUGAAUGAAGUUUUUGAGCUAUAA